AUGACCAAUGAGUCGCGAUUUGACGUGGUGCUGGUCGAUGGCCGGGUACGUGGUGAGUGUGCAAUUGCUGCCUUGCCUUAUGUAGACGAGAGUUCGGUGGUGAUCAUCCACGACUGGUUUUUGGAAGAAUGGGGUUACAAAUUUCUUCCCGAUGGUACCGAAGAUCUGUCCACGCCCGUCAAGGUCGCUCCGCGCAACACACUGAAGAGCUAUCGUCAAGUUCUGGAUUUCUAUGAGAUUUUAUGCAGAGUUUCUCCACAGUCACACCCCUCGGGUUGCAGUAGAGCAGGCAUGGUGGUCUUGCGCAAGAAGGUAAAACCCUCAGCAGCAGCCUAG